CUGAAUCCUUCACACGCUCAAACACACACACACCGAUCCACGCUCGUUGAGACUGAAUCUCACACGCACAUUCAUACUCACCCACACUCAAUCACACACACACAUAAACAGCCUCACCAACCCACUCGACAUCUCACACACUCAAAUGCACCCCAGCACAUAUCGAUCCACUCACUCGUCCACACUAAAGCCUCUCUCACACACACACAACACAACACAAACACACUUCCACUCAAUCGCAAGACCGACGGUCAACGCGUUAACGAGAGACUGUGACGAGGAGUCUGUGACGAGGAGAGGAGAGCGUCAUGACCCCGGGGACAGAGACGCUGCUCUUAUCACAGCUACUGGCUCUUGUGUAGGACACAGCGGGACCAGAAACGUCAACAACAACAACAACAGCCACAACAACUGGGGGUGGGCGAGUGAAUGAAACGUCGCGACUUCGGCUAUCUUGGGGUUGCAAGUGUGAACUGGGCAAGAGCUGGACUGGGUAGGAGUCGCGGGGAGUUGGUGGUGAGGAGAGACGGGGCAGCGUCAUGCACCAGUGGAGGAGCAUUCUGGUGCUGGGUGGAAUGAUCCUCGUGGUGUGUUAUGCACUGCAGGAGCUGUCAGCCGGUGACUCCAUUCUGCGUGGAUGUUCUCUGCAGGUGUGUUAUGCACUGCAGGAGCUGUCAGCCGGUGACUCCAUUCUGCGUGGAUGUUCCCUGCAGGUGUGUUAUGCACUGCAGGAGCUGUCAGCCGGUGACUCCAUUCUGCGUGGAUGUUCUCUGCAGGUGUGUUAUGCACUGCAGGAGCUGUCAGCCGGUGACUCCAUUCUGCGUGGAUGUUCUCUGCAGGUGUGUUAUGCACUGCAGGAGCUGUCAGCCGGUGACUCCAUUCUGCGUGGAUGUUCUCUGCAGGUGUGUUAUGCACUGCAGGAGCUGUCAGCCGGUGACUCCAUUCUGCGUGGAUGUUCUCUGCAGGUGUGUUAUGCACUGCAGGAGCUGUCAGCCGCCACAGAUUGUGGAAAUGGAUUCUACAAAUCGCCACAAGGAGUCUGCUGUGAGCUGUGUCGUGCAGGGAUGCACAAAGUGGCGGACUGCAUCGGUGAUGGAAUGGGCGCCUUGUGUGAGCCGUGCCCGAGAGGCAGAUUCAUGGACAGGGACAGCCAGGAGGAGGUGUGCUCGCAAUGCAGCAGCUGUGGACCAGGCGAGGAGGUGGCUGUGAACUGCUCCGUGGCCCAGGACACGGUGUGUCGGUGCACGGAGGGGCUCCAGAGAGAUGGCGAUUCGGGAUUUUGCCUGCCAGAGGAUCCACGAUCAGACGCCAUAGUAGUCGCGUUGGCAACAAUCCUCGGCUUCGUCCUGACUGGACUCCUGCUGUACAUAUUGUGCUUAAAGAUGAAACUGAAGGGGUCGACUUUUAAGAAGAUGUUGAAGCGUCCCGACACUACUCAUACAAAUAACGAGCAUGAUGAAAAUCUACCGCUUGUUCAUAUCAUGCGAAAUGAACACAAGGUGCCAUAUGGAGUUCAGAGGAGCAAUGAGAGCAGCGAGACAAUGCAACAGAUCCGAGUGAACAAAGAGAAUCUCAAGGCCUGGCUCGGAGCGGAUCCCUCGGCUUUCCUGGAGCAUCUCAACGGCUUCAAAUUGAUUCCACGACACGUGCACCAAGCGGCCGUCGACAAGGGCGGAGAGGAGAGUGUGGAGCUCGUUCUGGACCACUUCAUCAGCCAGGGAGAGGCACGCUGUGAGACGUUGUGGGACGCCCUCUACUCUGUGAGGAAGCAAUACGUGCAGCUGUGGAAGUGGAUUCAGUCACACGGCGAGGCGCUGAGGGCCAUUCGAGAUAAGGAGUCGGAUCUGAAGCUCUGGAUCGCCAGAGACCCCAAGCAUCUUCUGCUGCAGCUGAUGAGUCGGGGACGGAUCCCGAACGAGCUCUUCACCGAGGCCAAGGGCAUCCGGGAUGGCGCGGAGUGUGCGGAGCUUCUGCUCAACUUCUUCAAAGAGAGAGGGAAUGACGACUGCCUCAAGCUGCUGUUUGCUCUGCAGGCCGUGCAGAACGAGUAUCCUGGAGUCAAGGAGUGGCUGGGAGGCCUUGACUUCCUCCGGAGACUCUCCAACAAGUCCCCCCUGGUUCUGAACAAGUACAGCGACUUUGUCCUCCGAGACAAAAUCCGCUUCAAGACGAGAGAGCUGCUCAGGGCACUGCACGACGACCUGACGCCUCUGCUCUCCCAACUGCAGAUCAGGAACAUCCUCACCGACAACAGCGUGCGGGCCGUGAAGGAGAUGCAAGCUCGGCAGGGCAGCGAGAAGGCGACACAGCACAUGGUGGAGCUGGUGAUGGCGAGGGGGCGACCCAGGGUCAAGCAGUUCUGGGAGGCGCUGUGGGACCUCAGGGAAAGUUACCCAGACCUGGAGAACGUCUUUGAGAAGUUCUAAUGGGUGGAACCGGAGAGAGAGAGGGGAAGACCUAACGGAGAAUGGCUUGACGAUGACCUCAUAACGAGAUUGGUGCCAGAAAGAUGAUGCGGCCACUACUUUAGCAUAUUGGCACGACAAGACAGGGAGAGAGGAAAGUGGAAACAAACCACCACCUACGACUAUGGGGAUAUCUGCCAUAUGGAUCGUGAUGAUGAUGAUGAAUGGUGCGUGGGGGGUAGUUGUGGUCCAGUGGUUAUUGCACUGCACAAAUCACGGUGGCUAGGAUAUGUUAAUUACCCUGCCCCGUAUACAGGACGGGAGGUCGUGGGUUCGAUCGGGACCCAGACGCCUGCUGUUUAUUUUGAGUUUGCAACAUCUCUCUCCCCGUGGUCACGUGGAUUUUCAUCCAAGUCGUCCUCUUUUCCCUUCCGCAUGAAGAAUCAACGUGACGCGUUUAGAAUAUUUUGCUGCCAUAAAAUUCCACGUGAUGAUGUUGACAGGAAUUCGUUGAGCUAUCGUUUCGGAU